GGAAUUUGGGGUUGGAAUCUGGGGGUUCCUGAGGGGAUUUUGGGGGAAAUCCCCUGGAAUUUGGGGUUUGGAAUUUGAGGGUUCCUGGGGGAUUUUGGGGGAUCCAAAAUGUCCCGAAAUAAAGGAUGGAAAAGGCUCCGAUUUUGGGGUCUCUUUGGGUUACUUUUAGGUUAUUUUGGGGUCUCUAUUUGGGUUAUUUUUUGGUCUAUUUAGGGUAUUUUUUGGGGGUUUUAUUUGUGGUUUUUUGGGUUAUUUUGGCUCUUUUGGCGCCCUUUCAGGCCAUCCAACGGCCCAACCGAACCAACCAAUAGCAACCCGCCAUCUUGGGGGCUCGCCCUCCUCCACCCAAUCCCAUCCGCGGACACAACACCCCAUCCCUCCCACCCAAUCCCAACCUCCGUCCCAUCCUUAGCCUUUCCCCUCACCGCCCAAUCCCCGCGUGGGAUACUCAUAGCGGAGCUCUCCUCCAAUGAGAAGCGGCGUUGUUGGCGUGGCGGGCAGCGGCGGGGCCAAGAUGGCGGCGGCGCUGGCGGUGCCCGGGGCCGCGGCCGCUCCCGGAGCCGCUCCCGGGGCGGCGGCGCCGCCGGCGGGGCCCAGCCUGGCCCCGGAGGAGGAGCUGCCGCCGCUGGAGCCGGCCGAGGUGCGGAGCCGCCUGGAGCACAGCGAGCGGCAGUUCCGCAACCGGCGGAAGGUUCUGAUCCGCGGUUUACCGGCGGACGUCAGCAACCAGGAUAUCCACGAGCUGCUGAAGGAUUAUGAGCUCAAGUAUUGCUUCGUGGACAAGCACAAGGGCACAGCCUUCAUCACGCUGCAGACGGCCGAGCAGGCGUCCUCGGCCAUCGAGCGGCUGCAGGGCCGCGCGCUGCGGCGGCGCCCGCUGCGCCUGCAGCUGCAGCCCAGCGAGGCCGUGCUCUGCGUGGCCAACCUGCCCCGCCUGCUGCGGCAGCCGCAGUUCCAGGAGCUGCUGCGGCCUUUCGGCAGCCUGGAGCGCUGCUUCCUGGUCUACAGCCCGGCCAGCGGCCACUCCAAGGGCUACGGCUUCGUGGAGUUCAUGAAGAGGGAGGCGGCGGCGCGGGCGCGCUGCGAGCUGCAGGGGCGGCGCCUGGGCAGCAGGGCCCUGCAGCUGCAUUGGGUGGAUGCGGCGCAGUUCGGCCCCGAGCAGCUGCACUCCAGGUGUCUGUGUGUGGACAGGCUGCCCCGCGGCUUCUGCGACCUGCAGGCGCUGCAGGAGGUGUUCGAGAGGGUCUGUGUGCCCUCCUUCUGCCAGCUGGCCGUGGGGCAGGACGGGCAGCCCCAGGGUUUCGCCGUGCUGGAGUUCGAGUCCCCGGAGGCGGCCGAGCGAGCCCAGGAGGCCACGGACGGGUUCCCGCUGGCCAGGCGGCACCUCCGGGUGUCCUUCUGCGCGCCCGGCGCCUCGGGGCCCUGCGCGCUGGCCGCGCUGGUGGCGGCGCGGGCCACGGCGCUGAACCGCGGCAAGGGGCUGCUCCCGGAGCCCAACAUCCUCCAGCUGCUGGGCAGCCCCGCCUCGCUCCCACUGCUGCUGCACCCCCUGCUCCAGGGCGCCAAGCAGGGAAUUUUGGGCGCCGCUCCCCCGCUGCCGCUGCUGCCGGCCCCGGCGCUGCUGCGGCUGGCGCUGCACGGCCGGGCUCAGAAACCGGGAAUUUUGGGCGAUUCCCCGCUGAGCUCCCUGGUUCAGCCCCCCGGGAAGAUCCUGGGGGAGAUUCCAGCGGGUGUGGACGUCGCCCACGGGACCCCCCCGGGCCUGGGGGUCCUCCCAAAAUCCAUCCCAAAAUCCGUCCCCAAAUCCAUCCCCAAAUCCAUCCCCAAAUCCCAGCAGGGCGAGAGCAGAGCCCCCACGGUCUCUCUCCUGGGGGAGCCCCCCAAAAAUUGGAGGAUCCCCCUCAAUCCCUACCUGAACCUGCAGAGUCUCCUGCCCGCGCCUGGCAAGGCCUUUAAGCUGAACCCCGGGGUUUUGGGGCCCCCCCCGACCGACUCCUUCGCCACAGAAUUCCCGGUCUCCUCCUCCUCGGGGUUGGACAGGGGGGCUUUGGGACCCCCAAUUCCCCCUUUUUUCUCAGGAUCCCCCAAUUCCUGCUUCACCUCUGGCCUCCAGGCCGGCCUCAGGCAGAGCCACCUCAGCAAGGCCGUCGCCGUCCCUCCGAGCUCCGACUCCAUCCUCACUUUGGCACCUCCAAACUCUCACCCCAAGACCCCCCUGGGACACAAGAGGGGCUUCUCGCAGCUGCUGCCCGAGCCCGAGCCCAGCCCCGAGGGCUCCUACGUGGGGCAGCACUCGCAGGGCCUCGGGGGCCACUACGCCGACUCCUACCUGAAGAGAAAAAGGAGAUUUUAGUAGGGGAAAAAAUGUUAAAAAACCGACCAAAAAAAACCCCACAAAAAUCCAAAAAAUUUCAAAAAAAUCCCGCAAAAAAUCCCCCAAAAUUUCAAAAAAAU